GCCGUGCACAGCAGCAAAGCGCGCCAAGGUAGGGUGGCGCGCUUAGUAUGCGCACACAGCAUGCAGUUUUGCAAAGAGUGGCGCAAAUGUGUUAAAAAAAACAUGGCUAAAGAAGAGGACGCGAUCCGAAAGUUCGUUGUGAGAGAACUGCACACGUGUUCGGACCUCAGUGCUCUGACUUUAGGCAUUCUGCGGAGGAGAUACCUGGAGAAGGUGAGGAGAGAGUCGCUCAGCAUCAAGGACCGACAGCUGAUGAAGACAAUUGUAGAGGAGGAACUUUUGAAGAUGCAGGGCAGCAGUGAUGACGAGCCUCUUAUUAAGAGCGUGAAUCCAUCGAAGAGCCAGAGCAAAAGGAAAAGGGUGGAUGAUGAUGGAGAUGAAGAGAAUAAUGUGGUGGGAAAGACAAAAAGAUCACGACUGGAGGAGUCUUCUCCCGAUUCCCCCGACUCUGGAAUAGAGAAGGCCAUGAAUGAGAGAGAUCAAAAAGAGGAAGAAGCUAAAAGUGAUAAAGACACGGGUGAAGACAGUGACGAGGAGCAAGAGAAAAAAGUAAUUAAGAGAAAACCACAGAAUAAGAGACGGGGCAAACCAAGCAAAGAGGACGAGGACAGUGAGAAGAAAAAGAAAUCAAAGAAAAAAGGGAAGAUGAAAGACAGUGACAAAGACGAGGAGUCAGAGGAUUCUGAUGAUGAGCAGGAGUCAAGGCAAAAACAACCAUCGAAAGAGAAGAAAAAGAAAAAAGAUUCAGUCAGUGAGGAGGAAAUCAGUGAUGAACUGUCCGCGAGUGAUUCUGAGGAUGAAAAAGUGAAGACGCAGAGCAAAAGAAAAGAUGUCAUUAAAAAGAAUCAAGUAGAGAGGGAUGUUGUGAAAGAAGUAGAGAGGCAAGUGUUCGGGAGCAGCUCUGAGAGCGAAGAGGAGAAUGACGAGAGCGCUAAAGUAAAAAACAGCAGCAACUCUGAGAAAGACAGUGAGGAGGAAAAAGAUCAAAAAGAGGAUGCUGCUAAAUUAUCCUCCAAAGAGAUGGAGAAAAAUGAUGGGAACGUACGGGACCGUCAGGAGGAGGCAGCAGAGGACUCCGACUCCUCGUCUCUUCCCUCACUGGAGGACGAGGAGGAACCAGAGAAGGACAAGAAGGAGGGAAAGAAAAGCCUGGCAAAGAAAAAGCGCAGCGAGGAGAAGGAGAUUACAAGCAAAGGAAAGGAUGAAGAACACAAGGCUGUGUCCAGGCUGAAGCGCUACAUCGCCCUCUGUGGUGUGAGACGGAACUACAAGAAGCUGUUAGACGGCUGCCGAUCAGUAAAGGCAAAGGUGGCUGUGCUGAAGAAAGAGCUGGAGGAGCUGGGUGUGGAAGGUAAUCCCUCAAUAGAGAAGUGUAAGAGAGCUCGACUAAAGAGAGAAGAAGCACAGGAACUGGCUGAGCUGGAUGUCAGCAACAUCAUCACCACUCAGGGACGUCCCAAAAGGAGAGCAGCGGUGGCGGCAUGGCCUCCCACACAGAAUGUCUCUCCUCCGCCUUCUGCCUAUAAACGUGUUGUGGACUCCGACUCAGAUAGUGGAGACAGCCACACAAACACAGGGUGCAAGAGAGGAGCAGCCUGGGCCAACCUGCAGGGGAUCAUCAGUGAUGAUGGAGAGAGUGACUAGACCCCAAGCGCCUGUCCCUAUGAUCUGUUUCAUCAUUACACGGUGCAGUCUUUAAGUUCACCCUUUUUCUAAUUCACAAUGAACUGUAAAAACAAAAAAAAGUUAAACCUGCUCAAAUGAACCAGUUGGUACGUUGGCAAGAAUUUUAUGUCUACAUCUUGUUAUUGUUGGAUGUCUUCGGAUUUCUUUCUAGUAAGUUUGUUCUCUCUAUUUCUGUGUUUUACAAUUGUUAGUUUGUACUUUAUAUUUAAAUGUCUCAAAUGUGUAAAAUGAUGUUUCAUGUAGCUUUGAAAAUAAAAUAAUGUAUAUUGAA